AUGUCUCUGCAAACACCUUCAUCGUCUUCAUCAGGGAGCACCCCCAUGAAAAACUACAACGGGUUUGCGAGGGUAUUCAAUUCGCCACACACCAUCUCACCGUCGGUCCCACUGCAGGAUGUGUCAGAAAUCAUCGAAGAUGCAGUUCAACAGGCAUUGAGCACUCAACGGAGAGAGCUAAUGGCUGCGAUGACCAAGCAGUGCUACAAACCUAUGCAUUCUUUGACAGCAGAAAUCAAAUCUUUGAAGCACUUCAUUGAGAAACGGCAGAAGCAUGCGCCAGUCCGUUCACUAGAUGCGAUUUUGCUCAGAGUCGUGUUCAAACUGACCAUGGCCGACACUGAGAAGAUGUCCAAAACGAUACCCGCUGAGAGACUUCAGAUGGUGCAGUCGCUAGGCUAUCCUUACGACCAAGCCACAUCUGUUCGGAUAUACCCCAAUCUGAACGAACUAGUGGUCUUUACAGAUUCGCUUCCAGUACAGGAGGAGCUGAAGAAAAAGGAAAGGGUUGCGGCUAUGGCGGGAGCGCUUGGCCUUGAACACAGAUCAUCGAUCAAACUGGACAGCUACUGGGUGAUCUUGCACGAAUACGACCUUCCAGCCGAUUAUCUGAGGAAUUGCAAGAGCCACCUCGAAGAGAUGAAAUCUCAGACUGGUCUCAACAUCAGCGAAGUUAAGUACGCGGGCCAAAAACUCAUGUGGGCCUUCAACACUCCAUCUGAGGCCGUAAAGGCAUGCCAGAAGCCUCUAUACUUUGCAGGAGACCAUGCAAUAGCUAUGGCUUAUGAUCAACGGGCCACACCCUUGUUCUGCAGGAAAUGUGGUGGCCCAGGCCAUAUGUUUGAAAACAAGCAAUGCCCGAAUUUCUCGUUCAGAAAAGACCAAAGCUGGCCGUGUAUCAUCUGUGCCGAAAAUCAUACCUCUGAAGGAGACACCCAAUCGUGUCCAAACAAAGGCAACAAAGCAUCUCACCGCUGCUUGAACUGCAGGAGAGCCGGGCUUGCUGAUGACAAACAUCGCACUGAAUCACACGACUGCCCCGCGCCAAACACAGUCAAAUUCCGCGCAAUCUGGAAAGCCCAGGCUGCAAGUCUUCCUAAUUGGGCAGUGGGCAUCGAUUUUCCAACCACAGAUCAGCUGCGUUCUCAAGUUGAGCGAGGAACCAUGCAACAGCCCAAUGGGCCCAACAAGGUCAAUAGAAAGGGCAAAUUCAAUGGCCCAGUUCAAACGGCCGGGGAGAGUUCCCUCCCAGGCACAACUGUUGUGAACAGGAAGGGUUUGAUGGCACCUAAGAACGCCAAGCAACCGGCAUCGGAACCUGAGGCGAUGGAGGUUGUCGAUAGUGAGUCGAGCGACGAUAAGCCCAAAGACGGGGCUACCCGGAAAAUGGCGAUGCUAGUAUCGUCCCAGAGUUCUCUCGGUUCAAGCUCUGCUAGCACUCCCCGCAAGACUGGAUCCGCCAAUAACCAGACCUCGAUUUUUGGUUGGGUUGAGCGAAUCGGCUCCACUCCCAAGAGUCCCACAAGUACUGCAUCGAGUGCUGGCAACAAAACAAAUGCCAGCCCUUCAGUUCGUUACGGAAGAAGUAGCAAGACCGAGCCCAAACACAAGAAGGGAAGUGCCGCAACUACCAUUAUCGAGGGGAGAAAGAGGGCUCGUGAAGAAUCCGAACCGAGCUUACGGGGCUCUCGUUCCAGGCGCAGAGUUGACAUUGACGACUUUGACACGGCCAGCACUCUCGCAGAGUCCUCUAGCUCCCAAAAACAGGCUACCGACACUGUCGACUCUACCAAAAGACAUGGCAAGGGCAAGGGCAAGGGCAAAGCACGGGUUGAAACGAGAGAAAGCGACGUGGAAUGUGUGGAAGAGUCAGAAUACGAUGGCGAGUCAGCAUUCAUAUCGGAAAGUGAUGAGUACGAAUAA